UCCAUAUUGACAUUUUCCAGAGCUCUCUUCUGAGCGGAUCUCGCCCGCAUGGACCGCAUCUCGAUAGAGGAUCAUCGCUCCGCUCCCAUUCUGGACCCCCAGGUCUGACUCCAGAGCGCGGACCCCUCACUCGGCGGCCUCAGAGCAGCAUCACCUCGGACCCACAGCCGUCCCUCCUGAGCCUCUACGGAAACAAUCUGCGUCUGAUUUAACAGGGUGAGCGGACGCUGGAGUCAUGCGCUGGGUCCUAGAGCUAGCCUGUCUGAUGCUGCUCCUGCAGCUCUCUGCCGGAGCCCAGGGGAGGAGGAGGAAGGGGCAGAGAGACGACAACCAGGUCAUCCUGAACGAAGGGAAAGUGCUGGUGUGCCCGGUGGAGCUGAUGUUCCUGGUGGACAGCUCGGAGACGGCCAAGCUGCUGCUGUUCCAGAAGCAGAAGGAGUUCGUCCUGCGCUUCAGCGAGCGUCUGUCCCGUCUGCAGGCCCCCGGGUGGCGCGUGCGCCUGCGCAUGGCCGCCGCGCAGUACAGCAGCAGCGUGGUCGUGGAGCACAACUUCCGCGACUGGCAGGACCUGGACGUGUUCCGGGGCCGCGUGGCCGCCAUGGCGUACAUCGGCCACGGCACCUACUCGGCGUACGCGCUGGGCAACGCCACGCGGCUGUUCGGCCGCGAGACGUCCCCGGGCAGCCUGCGGGUGGCGCUGCUGAUGAGCGACGGCGUAGACCACCCGCGCAGCCCCAGCGCGCUGGCCGCCGCCGCCGACGCCAAGAACCACAACAUCAGGGUGUUCGCCAUCCGGCCGUCGGGCCAGCCCCGCGACGCCGUGGAGAGGCUGCGCUCCGUCGCCAGCGCGCCGCCCCACCAGCACGUCUUCAGCCUGGCCGACCCCCAGAUGGAGGAGCGGCUGUACAAGGAGCUGACCAAUGUUAUCCACCUUGGGUGCCCGCCACCAAAGUCCUGUCUGUGUGACAAGGGGGAAAGGGGGCACCCUGGCAGCCCGGGCAAGGCGGGCGAGCGGGGGUCCGACGGAGCCCCGGGUCCCCAAGGGCCGCACGGGGAGUCCGGCAUCAAUGGGCGCCCAGGAAUGGACGGCAUUCAGGGUCGUUCUGGUGUCAGAGGAGAAAAGGGGGAGUGUGGGGCUGUAGGCAGCCCCGGGCUUCAAGCAGAAAAAGGUCUGCAGGGGCUGGCUGGGGCCAGGGGGCCAAGAGGAGAGCAGGGAUCGAGGGGAGGACCAGGGGACCAGGGCCCUGAGGGACCCACUGGACCCAAAGGUGAAACGGGGCCCGCUGGGGCCCCCGGACAACAAGGGGACGUUGGCGUCGGUUUUCCCGGAGCGAAGGGAGACAAGGGGAACCAGGGGCGAGCGGGCCCCAGCGGGCCCUUGGGUCAGGGGGAACCCGGCCCCCCGGGACCGCCCGGACCGCAGGGCCUCCACGGGGCCCAUGGGGCCCCGGGGGAGGGGCUCCCAGGGUCAAAGGGGGACAGAGGCUAUGAGGGUCCCAAGGGCAAUCGCGGACCCCCGGGGGUUGGGCUAAGAGGAGACAAGGGCAGUGCAGGUGAGCCAGGCCUCCCCGGGCUGCUGGGAUUCCCGGGGGUCGGGAUCCAGGGAGAGAAGGGAGACCAGGGGCCGGUGGGCCCGUCCGGCCCCAGGGGGCCCUCAGGGCACGGUGCUGUGGGGCCCAAGGGAGACCAGGGGUUCCCAGGGGAACAUGGACCCCAGGGAGAGAGAGGCACCGGGGAGCCAGGGUCAAAGGGCGAGCCAGGGCCAGAAGGUACCGCCGGGUUACCGGGGAUCCCCGGGGAGGACGGCGCCGCCGGGCCCAAGGGUGAGAGCGGUUUGCCGGGUCAACGCGGAACAGAAGGUGCAGCUGGCAAAGGAAUCCCAGGAGAGAAGGGGGACAGAGGGGACCGCGGGAUAAGGGGGCUUCCAGGGGGCACGGGGCCGGUGGGGCCCGCAGGGGCUAAGGGAGAGCCAGGCAGCUUGGGCAUGACGGGAGUUUCUGGUCCUCCGGGCCGCGGCCUGCCUGGGCCGAAGGGGGAGUCGGGCCCGGUGGGCCCCAGUGGACCGGUGGGAGAGGCGGGAGUGGGCAUCACAGGGCCCAAGGGCGAGAGGGGACCCCGGGGGCCAGUCGGCCCCACAGGAGUGGCGGGGGAAGGUCAACCCGGACCCCAGGGGCUGCCAGGGUUACCAGGGCAACAAGGAGAUGUAGGACCUGAAGGCAAUGGGUUGCCAGGGACCAAGGGUAACCGAGGACCAGCGGGGGUCCCGGGCCCUUCAGGACCCCCUGGAGUCGGCCUUGUGGGGCAGAAGGGCUCUGCAGGGACGGUCGGACCCACAGGCGAGCCAGGGCUCCCAGGAGAAGGCAUUCAGGGCCCAAAGGGAGAGCAGGGGUUCCAGGGGAUCACGGGCCCCCGAGGGCCCCCGGGCCACGGUGUCCCAGGAGAAAAGGGCGGCAGAGGCUCCCCGGGGGAACGGGGCCGCAAAGGAGACCUGGGGGGAUUCGGAGAGCCCGGGACCCCUGGACCCACGGGGAAACCUGGGGAGAAGGGGCUGCGCGGGUUGAAUAGAGAAGAGGUCAUCAGAAUAAUCCGUGAAAUAUGUGGCUGCGGGCUGAAGUGCCGCGAGAGCCCCCUGGAGCUGGUGUUUGUGAUCGACAGCUCCGAGAGCGUGGGGCCCGACCACUUCGAGGCGGUGAAGGACUUUGUGAACGUGCUGGUGGACCGCGUGUCGGUGAGCCGCGAGGCCAGCCGCGUGGGCGUGGUGCUCUUCAGCCACGUGGCCAUGGUGGUGGCCAGCCUCACGCAGCACUCCAGCCAGGCCGACGUCAAGGCCGCCGUGCGGGGCAUGCCCUACCUGGGCGAGGGCACCUUCACGGGCAGCGCCAUGCGCCGCGCCGGACAGCUGUUCCGGGCGGCGCGGCCCGGCGUACGCAAGGUGGCGGUGGUGCUGACGGACGGCCAGGCCGACCGGCGCGACGCCGUGCAGCCGGCGGAGGCGGCGGCGGAGGUGCGGGCGGCGGGCGUGGAGGUGUUUGUGAUCGGCGUGCUGAACCGCAACGACCCCGACUACCUUGAGUUCCAGGAGGAGGUGAAGACCAUGGCUUCGGACCCCGACGACGAGCACGUAUACCUCAUCGACGACUUCAGGACCCUCCCCGAUCUGGAGAGCAAGCUACUGAGUCGUAUAUGUGAGCACGAUGACGGCACCCUGUUCGUCCCCAACUCCUUCAGCCCCUCCACGCCCGGGGAGAACGACCUACCCGAGACGCUAGACCAGGGUCAUGUACUCCAUUUACCAGAGGUCGUCACACAAAUCGACCUGCCGGGGGGGCCAGAGACUACCCCCGCCCCCGAGCCCACCCCAGACUACGACGACAGCUAUGAGGACGGCCUGGUGGACGCCAGCCAGGCCACGGCGCUCUACGAAGAGCCCCCCCGGGAGCAGGGGCCCCACACUGUGGAGGGGCCGCAGACUAAGGGCAACUGGCUGUACGUCAGGGAGACGACCCGGGCCCCUGGCACGACGACACCACUGCCAGUGCUCUACGGGCCAGAUUCUGGCUGUGACCAGCCCUUGGACCCGGGGCCUUGCCGGGAGUACCUGGUGAGGUGGUAUUACGACCCAGAGGCCAACGCCUGCGCCCAGUUCUGGUACGGAGGUUGCCAGGGCAACCAAAACAACUUUAAGGCCGACGCGGACUGUAGGGACGCCUGCGUCUACACGUAACAGACAUCAAGGUGGGGUGGGCAGGUGGUGGUGGUGGUGGUGUUGGGGGAGGGGGGGGGGGGGGGUCUGUGGCUCACUGUUGGACCUCAUGAGAUCAGGACCUCAGAGCGCUUGAACAUCAUCCCGCUCCAUUGACGGACAUUGUGGAGCAACAACAGAACACCGCGCCUUGAGUGAUAGACUCAUUAUUCGUUUAGAAGGAAAUACCACAAUACGCUAUUUACUUCUUGUCACUUUCUUCUUACGUUUUUUUUUACUAAUUUGUUCAAUCAUUUAUGUAUUUUCAGUGGGUUCAUUUAGGACACUUUAAUAAUACUGUGAAUAACCUUAACUGUUUUCAUGAAUAUGUUAAGGACAAUCUUUGGUGCUUAUCUGAAAAUGUUCUUAAUUAUCUAACAUCGUCAAAUCCAUAGGUUUUGUAAAGUCAGUGUAUAUACCAAAUAAAUGUAUCUCAACAAC